AUGUCUGAAUCACACAUCAAGCUCAGUCGUACUAUUAUUCGCGGAACAUCACCGAGCACCGCCCGACUUGAGGGACGCGUACGUGAGCUCGAGGACCUACUUGACCUUGAAAGGGAUGCGCGUGUCAGGGCUGAACGCAAUGCCAAUGAGUUGAGCAUUCAAAUAGAAACUAUGGCCGAUCGCCUUGAUGAAAUGAGCGGAUCAUCGUCUCAAGUCAAUGACGCUAUUCGUCGUAAGGACAUGGAGAUUGCAAAACUCCGCAAGGAUCUGGAGAACGCCAACACUGCUUUCGAGAAUGCUGAGGUCACUCUUCGUCGCAAGCACAAUACCAUGAUCUCUGAGAUCUCUAGCGAAGUUGAGAAUCUCCAGAAACAAAAGGGAAAGGCUGAGAAGGACAAGAGUCAACUCAUGCUCGAAAUCGACAACGUUCUCGGCCAACUUGAUGGCGCCCUUAAAGCUAAGGCAUCUGCUGAGAGUAAACUUGAGGGUUUGGAUAAUCAACUGAGCCGCUUGAAGGCUCUCACUGAUGAUCUUCAACGCCAGAUGGCCGAUGCCAACUCUGUCAAACAGCGUCUAUCUGCUGAGAACUUUGAGCUCGUUCGUGUGAACCAGGAGUACGAAGCUCAAAUCCUUAAUUUUUCAAAGGCUAAAGCAUCACUUGAGAGCCAAGUUGAUGAUCUCAAGCGUGCCAUGGACGAGGAUGGUCGUACUCGUCUGAAUCUGCAGACUCAAUUGUCAAGCCUCCAAAUGGAUUAUGACAACUUGCAAGCUCGCUAUGAAGAGGAGGCUGAGGAAGCUGGAAAUCUUCGCAACCAGGUCGCCAAAUUCAACGCCGAUAUGGCCGCUCUUAAGACACGUUUGGAGAGAGAGCUGAUGGCCAAGACGGAAGAGUUUGAAGAACUUAAGCGCAAAUUGACUGCCCGCAUUGUUGAACUGGAAGACAUGGCGGAACAUGAGCGCUCCCGCGCCAACAACUUGGAGAAGAUCAAGACCAAGCUCACAAUCGAGAUCAAGGACUUGCAGGUUGAGAAUGAAGCCUUGGCUGCCGAUAAUGCCGAUUUGAAUCACCGUGCCAAACAGGCCGAGAAUCUCGCCGCUGAACUUCAACGCCGUGUUGAUGAAAUGACCAUUGAGAUCAAUAACCUCCAUACCGCUAAUAGCAACUUGGAGGGAGAAAACAUGCGUCUUAAGAGCCAGGUCAAUGAUCUCUCUGAUAAGAUUAGUAAUCUUGAUCGUGAAAACCGCCAACUUGGAGAUCAACUCAAAGAGACUAAAUCUGCUCUUCGUGAUGCCAACCGCCGUCUCACUGACCUAGAAGCCCUUCGUAGCCAACUUGAAGCUGAGCGCGAUAACCUUGCUUCUGCUCUUCAUGACGCUGAAGAAGCCUUGAAAGAAUUAGAGGUUAAAUAUGUCGCCUCUCAGAAUGCUCUCAAUCACCUCAAGUCUGAGAUGGAACAACGUCUCCGCGAAAAGGAUGACGAAUUGGAGAACCUUAGAAAGAGCACCACUCGCACUAUUGAGGAGCUGACCACCACCAUUUCUGAGAUGGAGGUCAGAUUUAAGUCAGAUAUUUCACGACUUAAGAAGAAGUACGAGGCUACCAUCAAUGAAUUGGAAAUCCAACUCGAUGUUGCUAACAAAGCUAAUGCUAACCUCAAUCGUGAGAACAAGAACCUUGCCCAACGCGUCCAAGAGCUCACCGUCUCUCUUGAAGAUGAACGUCGUUCCCGUGAGGCCGCUGAAAGCAAUCUCCAAGUCAGCGAACGCAAGCGCAUUGCUCUUACCUCAGAGCUGGAAGAGAUUCGUAGCCAACUUGAGCUUAGCGACCGUGCUCGCAAGAAUGCUGAAUCCGAGCUCAAUGAUGCCACCACUCGUAUCUCCGAGUUGACCAUGACUGUCAAUACACUCACAAAUGAUAAGCGUCGUCUUGAGGGAGACAUUAGUGUCAUGCAGGGUGAUCUCGACGAGGCUGUCAAUGCUCGCAAGGCUGCUGAGGACCGUGCUGAUCGCUUGAAUGCCGAAGUUCUUCGCCUGGCUGAUGAAUUGCGUCAAGAACAGGAGAACUACAAGCGUGCUGAAACUCUUCGCAAACAGCUCGAGAUUGAGAUCCGUGAGAUUACUGUCAAGUUGGAGGAGGCUGAGGCUUUUGCCACUCGUGAGGGUCGCCGCAUGGUUCAAAAACUGCAGAACCGUGUGAGAGAGCUAGAGGCGGAAUUGGAUGGAGAAAUUAGACGCGCCAAGGAGGCCUUCGCUAGUGCCCGCAAAUACGAACGUCAAUUCAAGGAACUUCAGGCCCAGAAUGAGGAUGAUAAGCGCAUGAUUUUGGAGCUGCAGGACUUGCUAGACAAGACCCAAAUCAAGAUGAAAGCCUACAAACGCCAAUUGGAGGAGCAAGAAGAGGUUUCGCAGCUGACAAUGAGCAAAUACCGCAAAGCUCAACAACAAAUUGAAGAGGCUGAGCACCGUGCUGAUAUGGCAGAGAGAACCAUCACAAUUAAGAGGACUAUCGGUGGUCCCGGAUCACGUGCUGUCUCUGUUAUGAGAGAAAUCAAUUCCAUCUCUCGUGGUAACCGUGCCACUAGCAUUAUGUAG